AUGCCAUUGUUUGGCCUAAAAACAGCUAAAAAAAAGCUCUCUUCAACUCAUUUUCCUUCUUCUCUUACCUUAAGAAAGACACAAUCCACAGGAGACAUUGAUGAUUCAUCUUCUGCAACAGUUAGUUUCCAGAGGAAGGUAGUCAUUGUCAAUCAUAAACAUUCUGAUGCUGCUGUCGUCAGUAUAUUACGUACACCACAAAGACCUCCUACGCCUCCAUCCUCGCAUCAUAACAUGAUACUUGCUCCUGUAUUGGAAGGAGAAGACGAGGAACUUGCCUCAAGACUGAGGGAAAUCACAGCCUGUGACAUGGAGCUCUUAUUGUCUUUAGAGACACAGGCACGUAUGGAUGUUCAGGAAGAAAAAGAGAAAAAGCAACAAAGACCUUCACGUAUUCGAUUUGAGCUUCCCGUUACUCCACCGAGAUCAAGAUCACCAGAUCCAAAUUUCCAUCAUGCAAGACAAAGGCGUUGCUUCAGGCGACAUAUCAAAAAGAACAUUAACCGAUUGACUCGCUGGAGUCGGCUUGUCAAACAACAGCAACAAGAAGAAGCAAAGAAUAAUCAAAUCAUUAAACUGAACAGCCUUGACAGUUGUAACAGUAGUUUGGAGGAAUUGUCAGACAAUAAUGCAGAUAAUGUAGUACAAGCUGAUAUUUCAACCAUCGUUAUUGGUUCCAAAGUCAAAUUAUUUAAACGGCCUUUGCCUUUGAUUGGUAAAGUCCAAUAUAUUGGAAAAGUUCACUGGGAUACAAGCAGUGAAUGGCUAGGUAUUGAAUUAGAUGGCAGAGUUGGUAAUACAGACGGAAAAGUAGACAAUACUCGAUAUUUUCAAACGAAUCCUCAUUGUGGCAUAUUUGUUAAAAAAGAAGAUGCUAUUAAAGUGCAAUAA